AUGCUUCGUCGAAAGCUACUUUCUUCGUGCAGAGUCUUCUCUCAGCCGCUCUUGGACGCUAGGCGUUCAGUGAUUGCUGAAGACCCCUUGGAGCGGGAAAGGGAAAAGGAACUUCGCCAGAGGGUAAUUCAGAGAUACCGUGGGGUGAAUCUGCCUGAGUUAACCGACUUCCGCUAUGGCCACUUUGCCGCGCAAGAAGGCGCAACAACGUCUGCGGCAUCACAAGCAUAUGCUACAGUUAACAACGGCUUUCCCAUGGGAGGAGCGGGUUCGUCUGGAAGGCAAGGCGUAGAUUGGCUUAUGCUGUUUACAGGUUUUGCAUUGGUCUAUGUGUCAUCCAAGUUUAUGCUACAACGCUUUUCAUUUGGUGAUAUAGAUAACAUCAAUAUGCCACUAUGGUCAGCAAGUUUGGAAACACAAGCAAAGUAUUUACUAUUUUCAAUUCAAUAUGACGUGCGUACCCGUGAACAAAUCAGACAGGCGUACCACAAUGUUCGCCAGACAAAUCCUUUUACCGAUUUUUUCCAGUGGCUACGGGUUCAACAUCCUGAAUACGGCCACGGUGUUCUUUACAAUUACGAGAAUGCUGUUGGUACAUUGGUUUCCAUACUUUCAAGUGGUAGUUCAGACUCGUUAAUGACGUUGGCCCGCAGUGUUCAAAAUGCUCUUCGCAAGCAAGGCGGAAGUCCUGCACAGCGAAUCGAUGAUUUUGUGACAGAUUUAGGGGCUUUGGCAGGUAUGAGGAGGGUCCAGGGAAAUACCUUUUCUACUGGAUACGUAAACUCACCGCCACCUCCACCGUCUGUACAGGUGUAUGGAACUGAACCAGUGACGAUUCUGAAUGCUCUUGAUGCCACUCCUAGCAAAGAGCACAGUUCUGUUCCUUUUCAGUAG